AUGGCAGAUCACUUUGAGAGAGUUGCGCAAUUGGUUGUUGAAUUCAAACUAAGCGGAGGUACCCUAGAGGGAGAUAAAGGAUAUCAAGUCUACGGACUUUAUAAACAAGCUACAUCAGGUGAUAACACCGCUCCUAGACCAGCAGAUGAAGCAGCUGCACGCAAGUGGGACGCUUGGGAAGCCAAGAAAGGCCUAACUCACGAUCAAGCCAAGGAGCAAUACGUUGAAUCCUUCCGUGCCUGGUUCCCAGCUGAUUGGGUCGCGAGAUUGGGAUAA